GUGGCGUUACAAUUUCAAAGCAGGCUGGGCAUGCGUGUAGCGUGAGAAAGUCAAUUCGUCCAGGUUUAGAACCACAGUGUUGACUCAAAGCCACCGUGGGUCAAGGUCACCCUGCGAAUAUCUUCCUCUUCCUGUUCCCGAGUCGUCGCUCUUCCUCUUAACUCCAUGGUUCCCCAGCAAUAACGCCGGCCUCCUCCAAGCGCCCAGGAAUAUUACGCCGUACCAUAAAGUCCGCAAGGUUCAUCUAUGCAGGCCCCGUAUAAUCAGUCGCGACCCCCAGCAAGGUCUGGUUCUGCAGGCAGCCAGAUGCAAUCAGGUAGGGGUGCUAUCGCACAGGGAGUAGCUAGUGGUCACAUUGGCGGGGGGUAUGGUCCUUAUUCUGUGAGCACUUUACUUUUCACUCUGUUGAUCUUGCUGUGAACUUGUUGACGCUUCAAGUACAACCCAUCUACAUCCCAGAA